CAAGAUUUGAAACAUUAGAUUCAUCAAAAUGGAAAAUGAUACAUAUGAUUAUGAUUAUGGCUAUGAAGAUCAUCAAAAAAUUUUAAGGGAAUUAUACGAGGACCUUGAAGCUAAUGAACUAUAUCAAACUGGUGAGAGGAUAUGGAUAUACGUACCUCCUAUAUUGAUCAUUCUUGGGACGUUGGGAAACACCUGCUCCAUUUUGGUGCUCUCGAGGAAAAGAAUGAGAACAAAUACGACAAGUUUGUUCCUAAUUGCGCUCGCCAUUGUAGACACGUUAGUAUUAUGGACAGGUUUGUUACGAUACUGGAUCAGAAGCUUAAUCUCCGUUGAUGUGAGGAAUAUCAGUAGCGCUGGGUGUAAAGUUCAUAUGUUCCUUGUUUAUACACUCACUCAUCUCUCAUCUUGGUUCCUUGUGAUGGUCGCCAUCGAAAGAUUGAUUGCUGUGUAUUUCCCGCAUAAAGUAAAAUUGCUUUGCACGAGGAUGACAUUUCUUAUGAGUAUGUUGACUGUAAUUUUGACAAUCUUUGCACUCAACAUGCAUUUUUUCUGGGCCGUUGAUUUAGUAGAAAUUAAGCCAGAACAUUCUGAAUGCUCUGAAAUCAACAUGGCCCAUUUUGAAUUUAAUCAAGGUCCCUGGUCAUGGAUCGAUGCAAUGGUAGCAUCACUUGUACCUUUUGUCAUAAUGUUAGUUUCAAAUUGUUUGAUUAUAUGUAAAGUAGUGCUUUGGCGGAUAAAAAAGACAAAUGCAAGUCACCCAAAAGUCACCAGCAUGACUGCUAUUUUGGUGUUAUGUAAUUUUGUUUUUAUAGUUUGCACAUUGCCUAUUGUUAUUUUCCUUAUGUCUAAAGAUGUAUGGUACCCCAAUGUUUUCCCUCUGGACCCUUUGUACCCAAAGUAUAACCUUGGUUGGGCUAUUGUUAACAUGUUUCAGUAUACAAACCAUGCUAUCAAUUUUCUGUUAUACUGUCUAGCUGGACCAAAAUUUAGAAGAGAACUUGUCUCAAUUUUUAGAGAACUAAAAUGCUUCAAAAAAUGUCUGCAUAAUACUGUAGCUCCAGAGAAUGUUGAUUCGAUAACCCUUCAAACACAACAUUCACAAGUUAAUUGAAUCAUCAUGAUAAAUAUAAUUAUUUAUUUGGAGGGAUUAAAUAUGGGUUUUAUACUGAAGACCAUUAUGAUAUUGACUGGGGGAUAAACCCAUAUUGUGGAAUUCACAAGGAAAUAUGUCUUAUACCAAGACAUUAAAUGAUUUCACUUAUGUCACUACUUACAUUUAGCAUUAUCAAAUAUCA